CAGACACCCACACCUCGUUCCCUGCCAUGGACUGCGAUGAGUUGUCUAUGGCGCUUCCAAGAUAUCCGAACGGCCCAAAGGCUGAUCCGAUGAAGCCAGAUUACGCGAAUCCCGACUUUUGGGAUGCUCGCUUCCAAGAUACUGAAGGCCUUUUUGACUGGUAUGCCACUUACGAUGAACUGAACGAUACCUUCGAGGAGUUUUGCCCCAUCAAGAGCCAUUGCGAAGACUCGCUGCUGGUGGUCGGUUGUGGCAACUCCGCUUUCUCUGCAGAGCUGCAUGGCGCUGGGUACCAGCACAUCACCAGCAUCGAUAUCUCCAACUCCGCGAUUUCGAAGAUGAAGCAGCUCUUUGACAGGCCAGGAAUGACUUGGCAAGUCAUGGAUGCGACAGCCAUGACGUUUGAUGGCGACAGUUUCCACUUGGCUGUGGACAAGGGAACCCUCGAUGCCAUGAUGAGCCCUGGAACCAAUGAGUUCGCAGGAGCCAUGCUGGAAGAGGUUUGGCGCGUCUUGCGGCCUGAGGGGCUAUUGAUUGUGGUCUCCCACAGCGGGAAACGCCUGCAGCUGCUGAAGAGCCAUGGCACCUGGCAGUGCCUGGAGAUCAGAAAAUGCCGCCUCUCACCACAGGCAACCUUCAUCAAUAUGUUGCGCUGCAAAUUGCCUCCUGGUGCGCCCUUGAAAGAUGCCUUGCAACAACCCCAGCUGCUGCAAGAAGCAGCUGAGGAGGCGAAACAGGCACUGAGGAGGAUGGCCUUUCUUGACGCCUUCAGGAUCUUCAAAGCGAGGAAGCAGGCACAGGCAGGACAUAUCCAGGAGGCGGAAGAGGAACCUCCGGGCGAAGCCGGGGAAGCUGUAAGCAAUGGCUCCAAUGGGUCAGACCCAAGACGGCAGCCAUUUUGCUGGAUCUAUGUGCUCAGAAAAGUGGUGUAAAA